UCUGUUCGAUGUAUUUAAUUAGACGAAGCUUUAUGACUAACGCGACUAACAGGUGCUGUUCUGUUUCCUCUGACAUGAGUCAGCAACCUGUGCUCUUGUUGGGAGUGCGUUUGGGAAGCUGAUGAACGGCAUCCAAGAAUCCUGCAUGAAUAUUUCAUUGGGAAGUGGAUGCGGCUUUAAUUGUGUUUGCGGGUGACGGGCCUCAUGACAAUCUUAACACAGUCAUCAGAGCAGAACCACAGCAGGAGCCCGUCUGACUCACUGCUCCUCAUUCAUGCACACACACUAUAAAGUGCCUUCGAGCAGAGCAAUACUUGGACUGACACUUUUAGGUUCUCGCAGGCUGGAGACCAGUCCUCAUUAGUUGAUUAAUCAACAAAGAGACAGCCAACGAUUUUUAACAAGUGCCCAUCUCAAGUCUUGAAGAUGCCUCCGGCGAAUCCGCCUCUCAGUCGCACAGGGGGCUGUGCAAAGACCGAGGAGGAGGAAGACUCGAGCUCGUUUCGUGGAAGUGGCGUCUGUAAAUGGUUUAAUGUGCGGAUGGGCUUCGGCUUUCUGUCCAUGACCCAUCAAGAGGACAUCUGUCUGGACUCACCCGUGGAUGUGUUCGUUCAUCAGAGCAAGCUUCAUAUGGAGGGCUUUCGGAGUCUGAAGGAAGGAGAAGCUGUGGAGUUCACCUUCAAAAGGUCCUCUAAGGGUUUGGAGUCCUUAUGGGUGACGGGACCAGGUGGGACACCGUGUGUAGGCAGCGAGAAGAAACACAAGGGAACUCAAAAACGGCAUUCAAAAGGAGAUCGAUGUUUCAACUGUGGCGGGCCGAAUCAUCACGCCAAAGAAUGCCAGCUGCCACCUCAGCCAAAAAAGUGCCAUUUUUGCCAAAGCAUCACCCACGUGGUGGCCAACUGUCCAAUCAAAGCACAGCAGUUGUCACCGGGAUCUCAGGGGAAAUCAACAGCCUCCACUACAGGAGAAGAGGAGGACAUGAGCCACGCCCCCUUCCCUCCCGACAGCUCUGAUUAGUCAGGGAGGUUGUCAGGGAAACACAAGCACCAAUCAAAAAGCUGCAAUGGAAAGCUGCUUUUGGAACUAACUCAGGUUUUUCUUUUUCAAACAGCAGAAAUGAAUGUCGCCGCUCACUUUUGAACUUAAUCAAGAAAUUCAAAUCAGAUUUAACCGUAUAUAAUGUGAUACUUAGAAAAAUAUGAUCAUCAUCAUAAACAUCUUCGUAAAAUGUCAUCUUUAAGAUCUCUGAAUAUACACAACUGCUUUGGGAUGAACCAGAUUUCAGAUGGAUAAUCACGAAAUAGAGGACAGACCUCACAAAAAUGUCAAUUACAGAAAUUAUAUUUUGCUUAAAUGGA